AUGCCAAGAACAGGGAAGAUAAUACCGGCCAUGGAUAUCAUAGAGGACCUGGACCCACAACGUCGAAAUGAAGAUGCAAGGCUAAUUUUUGGGCUUGCACGAGCUAAACGUGGAACAUCACUUGUCGAGGAUGCUACAGGUACCACUUGUGAAGAUUACUUAAGUUCAGGGAUAACGUUGAUGGAUAUGUUAAUGGAAGUGGGUGCUUAUAUGCGAAUGAACACUGUUCAAAAUCCAGAUAUCGUUGCCUUAUAUAAAAAAAUACACGAAAAUCCAGAGUACUUGGAUGUCCCAAAUGAGAUGACAUUUGUGGUGUCACCUCUUCAUACUGCUGCUUCGGAAGGCCGUACCGGCCUUGCCCUUGAAAUCUUGAGGCUAAAGCCUUCGCUGGGGAAGAAAUUGAACCUUGAUGGUUUUAGUCCACUGCACCUGGCUUUGGAUAAUGGACACACCAACACUGUGAAACGACUCGUCAAGCGUGAUCUGGAGCUCAUUCGUGUCCAAGGGAGGGAAGGGAUCACUCUUUUGCAUUAUGCAGUGGAAAAAAAUAACAUCGAUCUUUUGAUUUAUUUUCUUCUCGUAUGUCCAUCCUCAAUACAUGACUUGACUGUUCGAGAUGAGACUGCUGUGCAUAUUGCUGUAAGAAACGAAAACUUAAGAGCUUUUAAGGUUUUGAGUGGUUGGAUUUUGAAGACCAGUAAUAGAACAGUGUUGCGAGGGACAAACGAGGAAGGCAAUACCGUGAUGCAUCUUGCAGCAUUAACAAACCAAACGCAGGUUAUGAAGUCAUUAAUCAGGUCAGUGAAUGUGAACGAGAAGAACUUAGAAGGUAAGACGGCAUUGGAUAUCCUAAAACCUGAAAAUGUUGAAGCAAGGGAAAUUUUAAUGAGAGCAGGAGCUAGAGAUGGUUCAUCACUUGUCGAUGAUUCUACAACUACUGAAAAUUACUUGAAGUCAUAUUUAACUCGGAAAGAUCUUAUUAUCAAAUUUGGUGCUUACCUGGAUUUCGGUAUGUCAGGGAAUAUGCGAAACACUAUCCUAGUAGCAGUUGUUCUUGUUGCAACUGCUGCAUUUCAAGCCGCUCUCACUCCCCCUUUAGGGAUUUCUGACAUUGAUACCACUCCCGUUUUUCCCAGCAUCACUUCUGUCUAUAAUGCUACUACUUCAACCAAUUCCACUAGCACCAACUUCUACAACAAAACCACAAGAAUUGCAAAAAUAAAUAUAUUUUUCAACACACUCGCCUUUGGACUUGCAAUGGGAACGUGUUUUAUACUUACGCUCGAUCCACUCCAGUUGUUUCUCUUCCUACCUCUUUUGCUAUUUUCGGCAAGCUAUGCAGCUUUGGCAUAUGGAAUAUACCCAGGUACAGAAGCUUUUUUUCUUCCGUUUGCGGUGGGGUCAUUAAUCCUACUGCCUUUCUCGACGAUAAUUCCCUGGAAGAUGAUAGUACUCAAAGAGGUGGAGAAAACUAUUCCAACUACAACCUUGACGAGGUGA